UUUCCAGGGCCAGUUGGACCUGCGGGACCAAGGGGAGAUCCGGGACCUCGGGGUUAUUCUGGAGAACGUGGACCCAGCGGACCAAAAGGAGACAAGGGAUCACCUGGACAGAAUGGUCGCAAUGGACAGGACGGUCUCCGCGGCCCACCAGGAGCGAGUGCCCUAAUACCUCAACAACUGAUGGCAAUGAUAGCACAGUCAGCUACAGAUGGCAUGAAGGGGCCAGGAGCUCAUGCCAACAUGGAAGCUAUCAGGAACGUCCUGGAAGAACAAAGGUUUGCUAUGAGAGGAGACCGUGGACCAGAAGGAUACCAAGGUAGAACAGGACCAACGGGCCCCCCUGGUCUGGAAGGUCCCAAAGGAGAUCCGGGGAAUCCUGGUGAUCUUGGUCCACGAGGGUUAAAUGGGAUUCCUGGAGACCGUGGUCGAGACGGAAAAAGGGGACGAGCCGGGAAGGAUGGACCCCGCGGACCACCAGGACUUAUGGGUUUCAAAGGUGACCGGGGCUAUGAUGGCCUACCCGGUCUUCCUGGGGUCAAGGGAGGUCACGGGAGACCAGGGUUGAAAGGUGAAAGGGGACCGGAAGGUGAGAAAGGAGAAAUGGGCGAUGAUGGUGAUCAAGGAGAAUAUGGUAUGACCGGCCCAACGGGUCCACCAGGGCAGUCUGGACAGAGAGGUAUGCCGGGACCCAUGGGAAUGCCGGGUGCCAUUGGAGACCCUGGUCCUUUUGGGCCAAAAGGUGCCAUGGGCAUUUCAGGUAUGCCCGGUAAUCCUGGUAUGCCAGGAAAGCAAGGAUCAGCGGGUUCAAUGGGACCUCAGGGUUCUAUGGGUGGCCCUGGUGUACAGGGGCCUGUGGGUAAGCCAGGGGUUCCCGGUGUACCAGGCACGGAUGGCCCUCCGGGUUUUCCUGGGCAAGAUGGACCAUCUGGCCCCAAAGGAGAUGAUGGACCCAUGGGACCGCAAGGUUUGCAAGGUUUCGCAGGUCCUAGGGGAAUCAAAGGUAUUGAUGGUUUCAGAGGCGUUCCCGGCUCAAAGGGAUCUUCGGGCAGGGAGGGCAUGCCUGGCUUAAAAGGAAGCAUAGGUCUCAAGGGAGAUCUGGGCGUACAGGGACCUCCGGGACCUAGGGGUCCAGAAGGAAUUGUGGGAUCGAAGGGAGAGGUGGGCGUGCAAGGAGAUCCGGGACCAUUAGGUGUACCGGGAGAAAAGGGCCAGCUUGGGGCCCCUGGUAUGCCCGGAUAUCCUGGAAGAACUGGCGAUAAGGGAGACAAUGGCCAAACUGGCAAUAACGGCAAACGAGGAGAGAAAGGAUCCAGGGGACUGUCGGGAAUACCGGGCAAUGUCGGCGAUCGCGGGCCGCGAGGCCAGCGAGGUGAACGAGGUGUUUCAGGGAGUUCAGGACCGAUAGGACCAAAGGGUGAAGAGGGCCCACCAGGACCCAAUGGUCUCCCUGGUGAUCGGGGUCCAGCAGGUGUCAACGGUAUGCGUGGGUUCCCAGGCGCCAAAGGCCCCCCUGGCCCUAUUGGUCAGGACGGCAUCCCAGGUUUCCCUGGUGGACGCGGAGAGGCAGGUUUUGAAGGCAAGCCAGGGCUACCGGGCCCUGCCGGAGUGAUUGGACCACAGGGUCCUCCGGGAGAGAAGGGACCGGAAGGACCGCAGGGCUUUCCAGGGGGUUCUGGAGCCCCCGGGGAAGUAGGAUUACCAGGCGAAGCUGGUAGCACCGGUAUCCAGGGUAGAGCAGGGCAGCCUGGUCUUCCAGGAAGUGAAGGGCCGCCGGGGAUACAGGGCUUCCCCGGAGAAAGAGGUCUACAAGGCGUUCAGGGACCUGAUGGGGAGGAAGGUGAAGACGGUGGCCCAGGGCCAGCAGGACCACCGGGCUCCCCUGGCGUUCAAGGCCCAUCGGGAUCACCAGGACCUCCAGGAAUGCAGGGUCGUCCAGGAGAAAGAGGACCAGAAGGUGGGCGGGGACUAAAGGGAGAACCAGGAGACUCAGGACCUGUGGGUCCUGUUGGUCGAGAUGGAAUGCCAGGCCCAAGGGGCUUACCAGGUCAAGUUGGUCUGACGGGACCACCUGGCGAGGACGGGGACAGGGGAGAUCCUGGCUCAUCGGGGUCGAAAGGUUCCAAGGGGGAAAGAGGUGUUGAGGGGCCCAUGGGCCUCCGUGGAGAGAGAGGUCCUCUUGGAGAACCUGGCCCACCGGGAGAAGAUGGUGAUCCGGGAGUACCAGGAGAGAUGGGACUAAGGGGUCCUAAGGGUGAGGAAGGCCCAAGUGGUGCGCCUGGUUCCCCAGGACCCAUCGGGGUUCAAGGCCUACCAGGCUCAGCGGGACCCAAGGGAGAUUUAGGGGAUCCAGGAAUCACGGGUCUACCGGGCCGAAUGGGUCGACGUGGUGAAAGAGGACCAGUGGGUGCUGAGGGUAACCAAGGCUUACCAGGAAGAAGAGGAAAUGACGGUUCCAUCGGCCAAAAGGGCGAGAAAGGAUCUGUUGGUAUCCCAGGACGAACAGGGAGAGUUGGACCCCCGGGUUCUAAAGGUGACUCAGGCAGCAAAGGAGAAGCAGGCAGUCCCGGUUUCCCUGGCCCCAUCGGCCCUCCUGGCCCCGAAGGACCCCAGGGACCCAAAGGCAACCCGGGUCCCAUUGGUUUCCCUGGUGAAAAUGGAGAACCUGGCCAAGCUGGAACUCCUGGUAGACCAGGUGACGCAGGGGAAGACGGCGAGGAUGGUGACCCAGGACGACCCGGACCUCAAGGUCCUCCGGGUGAUAUUGGACGUCCUGGCCCCAGAGGAAAGCCGGGCAAGCCAGGUUUGAAUGGUGCACCUGGUGAACCAGGCCCUAAGGGAGACACUGGAGACUUAGGACCACCGGGUAUACGAGGGGAUAUUGGACCUCCUGGUGCUCCGGGUGCACCAGGACCACAAGGCCCACAGGGUCUCAGGGGCCUACCAGGACCGGAGGGUGACCCAGGUGAGCAGGGACCUCAAGGCCUAGGGGGACCCAUGGGUCCGAUGGGUCCUGAAGGCCCACGAGGAUUUACAGGUGAUCCAGGCCCAGUCGGACCUAAGGGUGAUCUUGGUCUGAUGGGAUUGACCGGCGAGAUUGGAGAAAUUGGCGAGAAGGGAGACAAGGGAGAUGUUGGUGAUCCAGGCCCUCGUGGACCAAAGGGUGAACAGGGUAUUGAAGGACCUCAGGGACCAAUGGGACCAGAAGGCCCCCCUGGUGUGCGGGGUGUCCCGGGACCCCCUGGCCCCCAGGGCCUGCGUGGUGACUCUGGCAUCAAGGGAGAUCUUGGACCAGCGGGACCGCCUGGACCUCCAGGACCAGAAGCAAGUGCAGCAUACCUGCAAGCUUUACUGGACCAGGGCAUCCUGAAUAUCCGUCCAGACCUCUACCCCAACUUCUCCCCGGAUUUCCCAGGAGGGACCUACGCCCCGUUCACCCAAGCGCCCGGUGGUGGUGGCGGGGGUGGUGGGGAGGCCAGCAGCAGUGGUAGUAGCUAUGAGGGCUCAGUUAAACGAAGAAGGAGGGCCGCUGGCGACGAUCCUUUCGCUGGCAUGGAUGCCGACACGGAACCUGACAAAGACUUUGAAGACAAUCAGAUCCCAGAGAAUGCGGAGGACUACUUCUACUUUGAUUAUGGAGAGUUACCAGAAGCCUACAUGGAAGCCUUGGUGCAGUUGUUCACUUCCCUUCGCGCUCUGAAGGAGGAGAUGGAACAGAUGAAGAACCCUAUCGGUUCCAUCAAGAACCCGGCCAGAACCUGCAAGGACCUCUAUCUCAGCCACAAGGACUUCAAAGAUGGUCAUUACUGGGUGGAUCCCAACCAGGGCUGCACAAAGGAUGCACUGGAGGUCUUCUGCAACAUGACCGCUGAAGGAGAAACCUGCAUCUAUCCGGACCAACAAGGCGAUGAGUCUGAGGAUUAUCUCCUGGAAGAUGUGUUGCGUGGCUACCGAAAAAGCAAGCCGGGCUCCUGGUUCAGUGAAACUAAAGCAAGUCCGCUGACCUACAGCAGCAUCAGCACUGUGCAGCUGACCUUUUUGCGGCUGCUGAGCACCCACGCCAUUCAGAACUUCACCUACAUGUGUAGCCGCAGUGUGGGUUGGUAUGACGCGGAGGAAGGGACAUUCGACCAAGCCAUCAAACUGCAGGGAGCCAAUGAGGAUGAAUUCGGGUAUGGUACUCCUUUUGAGCCGAUGGUCCUUCUAGACGAAUGCAAGGGUAAACCUAGCAAGGGAGAAACAGUCCUGCUCGUCAACUCGACCAAGUUGCAACAGCUCCCCAUCGUGGACUUUGCAGCCUUUGACUUUGGUGAACGGUCUCAGAGAUUUGGCUACAAGGCGGGUCCCGUCUGCUUCAACUAAAAGGGCCAUGCCUAGCAGCUGCGAUUUCUAAAAUAAAAAAAGAUUACCAGUCUCUUAAUACCUGUCACCCUCGGGUGACAGUAUAGGGGACUUCUGUCUCAAAAAAAAAAAUGGUGCUAUUCGUGUUUGUGAUUUUGUAUUAACUUACCUAAAGGAAACCAAGGAGGGGUGAUUGAUAGAAGCUACCUUUUAUACAUACACAAGUAGAUGAAAUUCAUCUAGAUUUUUCUUUAUAAUAGUGAACCUGCUUACAAUAGAUUCUAGAGACUUCUUUUCGUUAAUUUACUAAAUUUAUAAGCAUACGAGUUGCACUAAUAUGCAUAAAUGUUGCUGCACAGGGCAUAUGUACAUUUGGUCUAAAACCUUAGGUAGAAAUUCAAAUUUAGUGGAACUUAAUUUUUUUUAUAGUCCAACAUUCUUGCCAUAUUUUUUUCCAAAUUUUUUUUUUUUCCAGUGUAUGUAUAAUCUUAAUAAACUUGGGUAUUUUUAAUUUUUUCUUUUCUAAUUAUUAGCAAAGUAGGAUUUUAGAAAUAAGGUGUUUUUUUAAGUUUGUGUGCUAAUGAAAAAGAAGACAUUACAGCUUUUUGUAUAAGUAAAAUGAACAGUCGCAUUGUAAGAAAAACAAAUAUGAAAGGAACCAGCACAAAGUGACCUCGAUUAUGCUGCCUUAAUAAAUACUAAUUUUCUAAUUAUUACACAGCUCGCUUUCAAUGAAAGUUGAUUUUCUUUUUUUCUUAAAAGAUGAUUCCAAGUGUGAUAUGUCAAAGAUUAUUCCUACUAGAUUCUCAAACGAUCUUCUCUUCAUCACUCUUUAUUGGUCUACCCCCCGUUUAUUUUGACAAUUUCACCCUCCCUCGUAUCUAAUUGAGGUUCGCAAAGUGUUUUUUUUUUCAGCAUUCCUUGCUUGCCAAAUAUUUCCCUUUGUUGAAUCG